UCACAUCCUUCUGCACAAGGGAGAGCAGGAAAUGGCAAACUCCCAGUAUGAGGCAAAGCAUUCCCAUCGCAGCAAUUGGUCCACGGGAGCUAUAAAUUGGUCUCCUCCAGAAACAGACCAAAAUUUGUCUGUUGGGAGGUCAGCUGGAAACUAAAGAGGCCAUGGAGAGGAACGGUGCUGCCCUUCCCCAGACAGUGGACCCCACACACCACUUCCACAUAGCGCUGCUGGAUCAGAGACGGAGGCUGCGUGGUCAAAUUGCUCACCUUCACAAGGCAGCUCGUAAAAUAAACAAGCUCCGCAAAAGGUCCCUGAUUGCCAACAUCAGCGGGAGCUCACUGACCGCUGCGGGAGCAGUCACGGCCAUCGUGGGGCUGUCCCUGAGCCCAGCUACACUGGGAGCCUCCCUGCUGGCAUCAGCUGUGGGUUUGGGCCUAGCCACUGCUGGGGGGGCUGUCAAUAUCACCUCCGAUCUCUCCUUGGUGUUCUGCAAUUCCCGGGAGGUGAGAAAGGUGCAGGAAAUUGCAACGACUUGUCGGAAACAGAUGAGGGAAAUCCUCGGCUGCCUGGAAUUCCUCCGCCGGGGGCAGGGCCCAGGGGACCCCACACUGCUCCAGUCAGAGAAGAGGGCCUCCAUCUCGCUGUACAACUCCGUCUGCUUCUUGGUCUUCUGUGGCUCCCACAGCUUCCUUGUGCCAGAAUACACAAAGGAGGUCACAAAAGUGAGCCAGGCCAUGCUGAAAGCCAAAAUUCAGAAGUUGGCUGCCAACCUUGAGACCUGUACCAGGGCAAUGGAUGAAGUCUGUGAACUCCUUGAGUCCAGGACACAGCUUUCCCCACGGAUGAGGAAACAGCCUGGGUGCUAAAACCACUACCGAGACCCCAAGACCAUCCAGCUGAAACAGUGUUUGCCCCAUAAUUAAACCAGGUUAUGAUGGACACUUG